AUGGACGAGAAUCACGUCUACCUGAGUGCCCAGAUAAUGCGGACCCCACUGAUGGAUGCCACAACAAGAGUCAAUAGAUACAUAAGCCCAAGGGAAGAGAAGGAGGAGCAGAUGAAGCAAGGACGGUACUAUCAAGCUCCCUCACCGGUGCCGGUGUCCGUCGUCACCAGUCCAUUAUCCACCAAGCCUGAUGCGGAGAUGAACUACGCUUCGCCCGUGGCCGGCUCGCGGCCUACCACAAAUCGAUACUCGACUAUCUCAGCCACCUCAACCGCUUCGAAUAGAGGAAAACGCAAGACGCAUGUCGGACCAUGGCAGCUCGAUAAAACCCUCGGCAGUGGCGCAAGUGGUCAAGUAAGAUUGGCCAAGCAUGCACUCACCGGACAAACUGCCGCAAUCAAGAUCGUGUCCAAAAAGUCAGCAGCCAUGACGCAGAGUGAGAGCAUUGCCGGUAUGGAUCGAAAGGCAGGUCACUUUCCUGGGACGGGGAUGCGGCAUAUUCCAUCGGGACUUGAGCGAGAGGUGGUUAUCAUGAAGCUCAUCGAGCAUCCCAACAUUAUCAGUUUGUACGAUGUCUGGGAAAACCGCGGCGAACUAUAUCUGGUAUUGGAGUAUGUUGAAGGAGGAGAGUUGUUCAAAUACGUCGAGAAGCAUGGCCCUCUUCCGGAAGCAGAAGCCGUACGGUUGUUUCGACAGAUUAUUGCAGGCCUUGGGUACUGCCAUCGAUUCAAUAUCUGCCAUCGCGAUCUGAAACCGGAGAAUAUCCUGCUAGACAGAUUGCGUAACGUGAAACUGGCUGACUUUGGAAUGGCCGCUCUUCAGCCCAUGAAUCAAUGGCUCAAUACCUCCUGUGGUAGCCCGCAUUAUGCUGCACCAGAAAUCAUUCAUGGCCGGAGGUAUCGGGGCGAUUUGGCAGACAUUUGGAGCUGCGGUAUCAUCUUAUAUGCUCUAUUGACGGGCUUCCUUCCGUUUGAUGGGGGCGAUCUACCCAACACGCUGCGUCUGGUCAAGAAGGCAGAGUUUGACAUACCUCCAGAAGUAAGUCUUGAGGCUGCAGAUCUCAUCAGGCGUAUUCUGCAGAAGCGACCUGAAGAACGAAUCAACAUGCAAGGUAUAUGGAUGCAUCCGCUUCUCAAAAAGUAUGAGAAACUACAUCAGGCUAUGACGAAACAUUACGUGGGACCUGCUCCGCCGCUAUCCUUCGAUGACUGCGGUGAACCUAUCUCCCAUAGAGAAGAUGUUGACCCUGAUCUACUAAGGAAUCUCCAAACAUUGUGGCAUGAUGUUCAUCGAGAGGUGCUGAUUGAAAGAAUACUAUGUCCGGAACCGACUCAAGAGCGAAUGUUCUAUAAUGCAUUAGUCAAGUUCCGAAACGAGCAGUUGGAGAACUAUCAAGGCCAGGCCCUGGAGUACUCAGCUAGCGACUACCAUCAUAUAUCGAGAGUUGAGGAACGAAGUGCCUAUAAGCGAAACAGUCACACCAAGUAUCACUCCAGAAAGCAAUCUCAGGCCUCGAUCAAAGAGACAGGAAUACGUUCCAGAAGAUCCAUCAGAGAACCAAUGUCUUGUGCCACGGUGGAGAGCUAUGAUCCAUUCCGAUCUCCGAAACAUAACUUUGAGUUAAAGGAAGCUGAAUUCGCUCAAAUCACAAUCUAUCGAAACGGGGUAAACGAAUAUGAAGAACUGGAGAGACCGCCUGUUCCUCCUGUGCCCGAGCCGGCGACCAAGGAAUCGUCAUGCCAGGAUAUUGAAUGCCCACCUAGCUCCCCAUUUAUAGUGAGCCGCAACAAGAGACUCAAAGUUGCUUCCAUGAAAUCAUUCCAGUCCAAAGCGUCACAAUCAUCCCGUCGAGCUUUGUAUGGUACGCCGACCCCACGAUCGGCCAGUUACAAGCGUAACGUAUGUUUUCGCCAUGCUCGAACUCGUUCCCAGGGAUCCGUUUCUGUCAGAAUGAAGACUUCGCGUGUGAGAACUCGAGAAGUCAAAGCGAAUUCUAGCGACGAUAGUUUGGUUUCUGAACUUCAGGAUGAUCCGUUCGUUGACCCGAACAGCAGCCCGAUGCUUCCAGCCCCACCUACCGUGGUCCGGGGUGCAGGAGUGACAAUCAAAAACUGUCCUCAGAUGAAGAAGCUGAGGACCAGUGACUUCACAUGGAAAGAGGACGCGCGCAAGGUGUCCCAUGAACUUAGUCAAAUAUGUGAGGAAGCUUUCAAUGGCAGUUCGCUAUCCACUGGAUGCACGACCACCAGUACUUGCAUUGGAUCAGAAACACCUGCAACAUCUGUCUCCAUCGCCAGCCCCGAAACCUCAGAACAAACGAUAACGCCCAAGACUUCCACCACGCAACCGAAACCUUUGCCUACAGCUUCAUCACCAAAGCCCUAUACAGUGGCGGAGCUUACAGAGACUCGACGCAGACUGAUUGAACACUCUACGAAGGGCGGAAAUGAGGACAUCCCUGGCUACCUCGUUGCAGUGAUUGGCCACCUCGACAGAUUGAUAGAGCAGGAUGAGCUUCAUCGAAAGGACAGGCGCGAAAAUGCACGCCCCGUUUCUACCGCUCCUGCUGAUCCCUUCGUCCGGCCCUCGAAUCCAACUGCUAACCACCGCGAUCGGGAUAGCCUCAUUAAUCCCUUUGAAGGCCAGAGAACAACCGGGCCCCGGUCAAACACUGAAUACCCCUCUAGCCGCACAAGCCGUGAAGGCAAGCGGACAAUCCGUAUGGUGCCUCAAAGCUCCGUACAGUCAAUCGACCCCCCAAAGCACCUGCCGGUUCAGAAAAGCCAAAAUGUGCUUCCUCAGGAAGCGCGACAGUCGCUUGAUGGGUAUAGGAUGGCCCCUGACGGCGACCAGGGAGCUUCACCCACCAGAAGAUUUGCCUCUGUAAAUUCGCGUCAUAGUCGCAUACCUUGCGAAUUGGAUCCUAUCGCCGAGAAUCCCGGAUCACCUCGGCGCAGCACCACGCGAACGUCAGACAACAGAAAAUGGUCAUGGCUCCCGAAUAAGUACAACACCUCCAAUGACAAGGCUACCAGGCUCUCGGCACACAUUCGCCCAAUACAGCCAAGCUCGGAGACCGUGAUAAGACAUGAUGUCAAUCCUCCAACGGAUGUCUUCGGGACGAAUGUAGAGUCCAGCUUGAACGAGAAACCGUCGCCCUCAAAGCCCAAAACGGGCUUUUUCCGGCGCUUGAUCAACCGACGAGCAAGCAAAAGUGCACUAAACCGUGAAUCAGAGCCUGAAACUGCAGAAACAAACCAGUUACUUGAACAGACUCAGGAGCCUGAGCAUACAUUUGACACAGAUGACAGCAACAUUCGACCCCUUCCCGAACGACCACCGAACCCCGGCAGAAGCCAGAACUGGUUUGCCCGAGUCUUCCACUUUAAGCCGGCGACUCGAGUCGUCGCACUCAACACAUCGACGACGAAAGCCCGCAAGGACGUGCACAGAAUCCUCAGGGAUUGGAAGAAAUACGGCAUGCAGGAUGUCUAUCUCAACCGUGACAAACGUGUCAUUUAUGGUACCGUUGGCGAAGGAAACCUCCUCCGCCUCCGGCCUGUCCAGUUUUCAGCCGAAUUCUGCAGCUACCUCGAGCAGGGACGACAAGAGAACCUCAGCCUUGUCCGAUUCAGACAAGAGAGAGGAGCGGCAUCCUCCUUCAACAAGGUGGUCGACACGCUGUACAUGGUCAUGAAGCAACGUAAUAUGCUUGUUGAAGACCCAGCCCGAGCAAAGGAGAUGAUUCGAAUCCUGGACGCUUUUCCCGAAUCAUAG